AUGGCCGACAGGUCGACCUUGGAAGUGUCGCACGUACCCGAGACGUCGUCGAGAUGGAUAACAGAUAGCAUCACCGGGACGUUCGAUUUCGAGGUGACCAACUAUCCGCAGCUCAGAGGCAUGGCUGUCAGCAAGUCCAUCAUUUCUUGCCACUUCAGAGUCGGUGGCCACGAUUGGAGACUCAAGUUCUACCCCAACGGGCUAAACGCGGACUCUGCCUACGUGCAACUCGCCAGCCAAGGGAAGAAGGAUGCGAGCGCCAAUUUUACACUGAGCGUGUUGGGGAGAGACGGCGAGGCACCGGUAGUCAGCUACGGAGGGGACAUGCGUGUCUUCUCUCACGACGUAGAGGACGAGUGGGGCUACCUCCAGUUCGUGACCAAGUCCAAGCUGAAAUCAUUGUCUCGCCACGGGGGCGGCUGCUUCACCAUACGGUGCGUCCUCACCGUCAGAAACGAGUCCCCACCGCUGGAGCUGUUCGACCACCUCGAGCGCAUGCUCCAGGACGGGACGGGCGCAGACAUCACGUUCGUGGUCGAUGGCCGGGAGUUCCGCGGGCACAGGUGCCUCCUCGCCGCUCGGUCGCCCGUGUUCCGCGCGCAGUUCUUUGGCCCGAUGAUGGAGAAGGACAUGCCACGCGUCCAAGUCCACGACAUGGACGCCGCAAUCUUCGAGAUGAUGCUUCACUAUAUCUACACGGGCUCGAUGCCGCCAUGUAGGGAUGAUGAAGGAGGAGGACACCAGGCCGACGCGAUGGAGCAUUUGCUGGUCGCAGCUGAUAGAUAUGGGCUAGAGAGACUGAAGACGAUAUGCGAGGAAGAACUUUGCAAGAGGAUGGAUGUGGAGUCUGUCAUGUCCAGAUAUUUCAUGGCCAAGCAACGCAGCUGCAACCGACUCAAGGAUGCAUGUCUAUCCUUCAUGUCCUCGCCAGAAGUCCUCGACGUUGUCCUGGAGAGCGUUUGCAUCAAAGACACGUAA